UCUCAGUCUCUCUGCUGCAGACAGACUGCAGACAAAAGUCAUCUCUUUAGGCAGAGAGACCAGAGCUUUGAAAGAGCUCAUAGGUCAAUUUAAACAUUCAAUUAGGUCAGAAAAAUACAACAACUGCAGACAAAAAAAUACCUGAGUUGCAGAAAAGUAAAAAAAAAACAAUUAUGGGGAAAAGGGCUGAUAGGAAAUGCUGUGCAGUGUAUCCCUGUCUUUUCUUUGGUCUUCUAUAUUUGUAUUGGUCAAAGGGAGUCAUGGGACAAAGCUUGCAGGAGCAAGACGGCGUGUGCGACGCUGAGGGAUGCUACUCUAUUCAUCUCCAGCGCAAGACCUUUCGGGAGUCCUCAAGGAUCUGCAAGGAUAAAGGGGGGAACCUGGCUACCAUUAAAGGACCAGAAGAGGCUUCCCUGAUCCAUAACCUGCUCUCCUCAGGGGUCAGACGUGUCCCCCGGCCCAGAAUCAGACUGUGGAUUGGCCUUCAGCGUAUGCCUCGGCAGUGCUCAGCCACACGUCCUUUAAGGGGCUUUACCUGGAGCACCGGGGAACAAGAAACGCAGUAUACAAACUGGCAACGUGAUGACGUGCCCAAUGCUUGUGCUGCUCAUCGUUGUGUAGUCAUCAGCUACAACACUGCUGACAAAAGUGGCAGUGACCAGAACAACUUCAAAUGGCUUGAUGGGUCUUGUACAGUGGCUGUCGAUGGUUUCCUCUGCCGUUACACCUACCAAGGGAUGUGCCCAGCUCUUCAGAAUGAAGGAGGGGGUCCUGCACUCUACAACACUCCAUUUGAACUGGCAAGUACCAUUCUUACUCACGUCCCUUUUGGCUCUGUCGCAAAUCUUCCUUGUCGUGAAGGUGAGAAGGAAGAUCAGUCUGUGCUGUGCAUGGUGAGGGAUGAUGGAAGUAUUGGCUGGUCAAAGGAUGCACCACUCUGCAAGGACAUUCCGAAAGACUUGUGUGAACAGGACAAUGGAGGAUGUGAGCAUUACUGUGAGAGCCGGAAUACUCAUUACUACUGUGAGUGCUCAGAGGGUUUUGUUCUGGGAGAGGACGGCAAAACGUGCCAGCUCUCGGAUCCCUGUCACAGAGCCAAUUGCGAGUUUGAGUGUGAGGCCACUGCUCAGGGACAUCUCUGCAAGUGCCCUGAUGGGUACCUUCUGUCAGGUGAUGGUCAGAAUUGUCUUGAUAUAGAUGAGUGUUUGCAGAAACCAUGCCCACAGGAAUGUAUAAAUGCACCUGGAACAUUCGAGUGUCGAUGCAACGAGGGUUACCUUACGUCAGAGUUUGGAGAAUGUGUAGAUGUGGAUGAAUGCAUGGAAGGAAAAUGCGAUCAUAUGUGUGAGAACUUGAAUGGCUCCUACAAGUGCCUCUGUCACGAGGGAUUCUCGCCACUCAGAGAAGAUCCAGAUCAAUGCGAAGAUAUCGAUGAGUGUAAAACUCCAGAGAUUUGUGAUCAGGUGUGCAGAAAUUAUGAAGGUGGGUUUGAGUGUCUUUGCGAUGAAGGCUAUAUUUUUCAAGAAGACAACUAUUACUGUCGGCCAGUUGAAGAGGAUGAACACUUGACGAUCCAAUCAGCUGAUGCAACAAUGAAUGAUCCUGAACUGGUGACAUAUGCCAGCACUACUGAGUGGCUAACCGAUGCACCAAGCAUAGAGUGGCAUCCAACUUACCUGAGCUGGUUUACGGAGAAGACAGAGGAUGGUGAUGUAACCACACAAGAACCUGAUUUAAUGGAGCAUGCGUCCUCAAAUUCACCUGAACAUCUGUUGGAUAUUACAGAGUCAAAUAAAGAGGAUGAGGGAAUGUCAAUAGCAACUAGUGAUUCGGUAGCUGCUAAGGCUUCAGGAAACAAAAGAACCUCAGAGGCUUUGACAUCAGCACCAAAGAAAAAUAGGGAUUUUGUAAUACCCACUACUGCAACAUCACAAUUGCCAGAAGAUGCAUUAGCACCAGAAACACAACAGCGUCCAGGUGACAAGAAGAAACAUGAUAAAAGCUGGCUGCUUGUGGCACUGCUGGUACCACUAUGUGUUUUUAUUGUGGUCAUGUUAGCAUUAGGCAUUGUUUAUUGUACAAGCUGUGCUGUAGAGCCAAGGAAAAGCGUGACAGACUGCUACCGCUGGACCACCACCUCAAAGCCUGAAAAAGCAAGCACAGCAAAAUCUCAGGCUUGAGUAUUGUAUGGUUAACAGUACUUUUUUUUAAACAGCAAUGAUCCUGAACUUCAUCAAGCUGUUUUGGUGUGAUCACACUGAUUUCAGUUUGAUAUUCUGUGGGAUCCUGUGGAAUUUAAGGACAAAAUGGUCCAUAAUGAACAAUUUGACAUUCAAGCAAUAGAAAGGAUUUUAAAAAGCAUCAACAAUCUUUUUGAGUAAAAGUGGACCAGUAUGCCCCAAUUUGUAAGAGAUGUUUCGUGGAAAGUUGGACACAGCAAACAGAAUUUAGCAUGCAUCCAUUUUUCAUAUAAUGCCAUGAUUUUUUUUCUUCUAUUAAGUCUUUGAGUGAAAAUAUUUUUUAAUGUAUUAAAUGUAUUUGUUCCAGUCAAAUAUUAUGUGCAACAGCGCCCUCAACAGUAAGGUAUGUAACAAAACGAUUUGUCUAAACUUGAGCUAUUUUCAGUCAUUAAGACGUUUACACAUUAGACACGAACAGGGUUCAUGCACAUUUUUACUACUAAAAUGCCAUGACUUUCCAGGACUUUCAAGUAAUUUUUCAUGACCUAAUGUUUCAUGUAAUAUCUACGUAUAACUGCAGUAAAAAAUUAUUACAGCAUAUCAUAAAACACAACAAUCUAUUAAGUUUGAAUUUCUUUUUAUAUCUAUGUCAAAUUGAUUUAGAUAAUGCUUACACCGCACUAAUAAUGUGAUAUCAUGUUUUUAGCCAAGGACAGAAAAGAAGUAAAGACAAGUAACCUAUAUUCAAGUUUACAGAUAUUUGUUAAGCUAAUUUCCACAACUUUUCCAAAACUUUGUAGGUUUUUCAGUUUUUCUAAAACUUUUCCAGGCCUGGAAAAUGUCAUGUUAAAAUUCCAUGACUUUUCCAGGUUUUCAGUGACUGUAUGAACCCUGCACGAAACACAUCAGUUUAACAUCAGUUCAUUUUGAUCUAGAACAAAUUAUUUGAGUAAUUAUUGUAACAUGGAUAUUUUUCAAUCAGACAUACAAUACUGGAAAUGCCUAAAUUAAUUUAAUUUCAGUGUUUUAAAUUAUUGAAGCAGACCAAAAAAAGGGGAACAGAAAAAUAGAACAGUAAUAGAAAAACAGAGACUAGUGACAGUCAUGAUAUUAAAGUAACACUUACAAAACACAUUUGCCUUCAGUAAAAUGAAAGCAAAUAUACGAAAAAGGUACGCCAUGUGGUUUAUUCAAUAAUACUAUAUAACACAUACAUAAUACCAAAUAUCUGUUUCGUCAAGCAACAAUUACUAUUUGUCACUGUGUUCCAUUGUGCUCAAUGUUGAAAGGGUUUGAACAGAAAUUGUUUGCUUUUAAUAUUCAAAUAAAUGUUGCUUGCUUGUUUUUAGUCAAAUUUAAUAAACAUCUUCAGCAUCCAAUUAGCAAUUCACAUCUGACAUUGGGAGCAGUGUGUAGGAGAGUAUCACGUUGGCUUGGCCGUGUAGUUUUGUACAGACACAGUCACACCAGUAGUGGUCACUGUAUGACAUUUGAGUUAUUGUUUAUGUCUUCAAACUAACGUGAUUUUAAUAAAAGCUGAACAUGCACAACGA